UCGGGGAGCGGCGCAGCGGGACCGCCGCAUGGCGCGGGCCGGGGACUGCGAGCCGGGGGCCCUGGGGGGUCGCGGCUCGGGCGGACGCUGGGCUCUGACGCUGCUCUGGCUGGCGGCGACGGCGGCGGCGGCGGAGGCCGAGCCCUCCCGGCCGCGGUGGCCGGUGCCCUACAAACGCUUUUCCUUCCGCCCGGAAGCAGAUCCCUAUUGUCAAGCUAAAUACACCUUCUGUCCCACUGGCUCUCCUUUCCCAGUCAUGAAGGAGGAUGAUACCAUCGAAGUCUUUCGCUUGCAGGCUCCUGUGUGGGAAUUUAAGUAUGGAGGCCUCUUAGGACACUUGAAAAUCAUGCAUGAUGCCAUUGGAUUCAGGAGUACAUCUACUGGCAAAAACUACACGAUGGAAUGGUAUGAGCUCUUCCAGCUGGGAAACUGCACCUUUCCCCAUCUCCGACCUGAAAUGAAUGCCCCUUUCUGGUGUAACCAAGGGGCUGCCUGUUUUUUUGAAGGAAUUGAUGAUAUUCACUGGAAGGAAAAUGGGACGUUAGAGCUAGUAGCAACUAUAUCAGGAAACAUGUUCAACGAAAUGGCAAAGUGGGUGAAAUGGGACAAUGAAACAGGGAUCUAUUAUGAGACAUGGACAGUACAAGCCAGCCCAGGAAAGGGGGCCGAGACAUGGUUUGAAUCCUACGACUGUUCAAAGUUUGUAUUAAGAACAUAUAAUAAAUUGGCUGACCUUGGAGCACAGUUCAAGAAGAUAGAAACGAAUUAUACAAGAAUAUUUCUUUAUAGUGGAGAACCUACUUACUUGGGAAAUGAAACAUCUGUUUUCGGACCAACAGGGAACAAAACUCUUGCUUUGGCCAUAAAAAAAUUUUAUUACCCCUUUAAACCACAUUUGUCAACUAAAGAAUUUCUGUUCAGUUUCUUGCAAAUUUUCGAUGAAGUAGUUAUACACAGACAGUUCUAUUUGUUUUAUAACUUUGAAUACUGGUUUUUACCUAUGAAAUUCCCAUUUGUUAAAAUAACAUAUGAAGAAAUUCCUUUACCUAAUAGAAACACAACACUCUCCAGAUUGUAAAACUUUCAUUCUGAAGAUCUUUUUCUACAAUCAUUAGCAUUUUGUUUUUUUCCAGGGAGUAGUUUUACAUUUAUGAAUGUCUUAGGUCUUCUUUGGGGCAGAAAGUAAUAUGCACAGCAAAGAGUCACUGUGUAGCUCAGGAUUCCUGCCUUGGAAAGAAGUAAAGCUUCUAGUUAAGUGAUUGUGUGAAACCUCUGAGCCCCUCCUUCUGUGAUUAAUUAUUGUUCAUAUCAGACAGAGUUAUCUGGAUCCAGUAUUCUAAAAUCAUGGCUAUGGGUGCAUGCCAAGAUUAAAAAAAUAACCUUCACUGAUUUUCAUAGCACAGCGGUAGGGCGUUUGCUUUGCACGCAGCCAACAUGGACCACCCGAAUUUGAUCCCUCCGCCCCUCUUGGAGAGCCCGGCAAGCUACGGAGAGUAUCUCGCCUGCACGGCAGAGCCUGGAAAGCCACCCGUGAUAUAUUCGAUAUGCCAAACACAGUAACAACAAAGUCUCCAAUGGAGACGUUACUGGGCCUGCUCGAGCAAAUCGAUGAACAACGGGAGGACAGUGACAGUGACAGUGACUGAUUUUCAUGAGAAAUUUUUUUCCUAUGACAUAAAGCUUUAAGUUUUGCUUGGUAAUUUAGACCUUACAGCUUUUUAAUCUUUUGGCACCACAGCUAGGACUUUGAUUUCUUUACUAAAACCUUAAAUUAUGGAGUAGUUGUAAAAAAAAAAAAAAGAAUGGGAAUAGUUGUGCUUCCAGAUUGCUAAGUAUUAAAAGUUCUUGCAAGCCAUUGAAGAACUAUCCAGUCACUGGCAUUUUGCAAGUUAUACAACUUUUCUUUUUUUAAUCUCUGGGACUUAGUUUCAUUAUUUUAAAAUGAUUCAUCUCUCAGAAUUGUAAAGCUCAAAGGCAUGUUUGUAUGGCACAGUGAAGCCACAAUAAGUAGUCGCUGUAAUGUUGAAUCCAAGCACUCACUGCCAUCCUUGAUCUUACUUAAUGCAGUUUACAUGUCAGCCUUCCUCCAUUUACAUGUUAGCACCGAGACUUUGUGUUAUGGGCAUAAUGCUUUUGCAAUUAUUCAAACAUCUGGGGCAUGGAAAUAACUGACUGCUCACAAGCCUUGGUGAGGACUUACUCCUUCUCUAUCUCUUCUAUCCCUCUGCCUAGUAAGCUGCUAACUCAGUGGAAGAGGUUUAAUUUCCCAGAAAGAAAGUAGGUUUUGUCAAGGAAUACCCAGUGUAGCUUUCCCUCCACAAGGGCCACUGAGCAUGGUUUCAAGUUCUUAUGUUUGAUGAGCUACUGAAGAUACCUCCAUUCAAAGUAAUACCACCCAUUGGUAAGAUGAUCUAGAGAGCUUAGAAAAUAAUUUGCUUAAUAAUGUAAAUGUACUAAUUGUGUUGUUCAAUUCCAACUGAUAUUUGAUUCCUGAGAGGUUAGUGCAUUAACACUAAGAUCUCAUACAAAGCAUAAGUACAGAUAUUGUUUACCUGAUCGAAAUGAAUAAAUUGGAGGUUAGCAAGGUUAAGUGAACGUUUCACAGCUAUCAGGCUGAAGCGGCAUUUUGCAUCAGAUUCUGCUGGCUGCAUGGAAUAUACUCUCAAGCAAGUUUGAGUGUGAUAUUCAAGUGUGGGCUUCAAAUCAGUGCUGUGUCAAGUCAGUGCUAUGUUACUGACACCAAUCUAUUACUGUUCUGUGAGGAGCUAAAUAUAAGGCUUACAAACAUUUAAAGCAAGUUGUUGGAGUACUUUUGUUACUGUUGAAUCUAAUAAAAAAAAGGGGGGGGGGCUUGUAUUUUGUGUCUGAUUCAUUUUUUUAUCAACUAAAAAAUGUUCAGACACUGUAAAGUCUAAAAAUAAAACUCGGCGCCAGAGCAGUAGUACAGUGGAUAGAGCGCUUGCCUUGCAGAUAGCCAAUCUGAGUUCCAUCCUCAGAACCCCAUGUAUUCCCUGAGCUGGUUAGAAGUAAUUUCUGAAUAAGUCAGGAGCAAGCCCUGCGCACUAGUGGGUGUGGUCCAAAAACAAAUUUAAAAAAAAACAAACUAAAAAAGAAAACUCAGCCUUUGCCACAGGUAGCUUGCAAACAAACAUUCUGCCUACUGCAGACAAAUCAUCCUCAGAAGCUGAGGGAGAACUUUCUCUCACCAACAAUUUAAGCUGUCCACUUGGAUUAACAAUGCCUACUAUCACUCAUUAAUUUUGUUUCUUAAGCCCAAGGUUGUCUACAGAACAUGUUUCAAGAAUAUCUGGAUCCCUGUUAUUACCAUCUAGUGGCUGAAAUUGCAAACUUCUGCCAGAUUCUUUUUGUUUUGCUUUGAUUUUGAGCCAUACCCAGCAAUGUUUCAGGAGUUACUCCUGGUUCUUAACUGAGGAAUCACUACUGGAAAUGCUCAGGGGACCAUAUUGAACCCAUUCAGCUGCGUGCAAGGCAAAUGUUUCUUGAUAAAAUUUGAAAAAAAUUUCAUGGCCAAUCUUUAACUUUUCACAAUUUAAUUUAGUUUAUUCCAGGGACACUCUUGUUUCCCUGAUCCUGUAUCUUCAAACGGUGAUUUGCAAUCAACAUUAUUUGCUAUUGUGUAUAUCAAAGAAGUCUGAAACUAAAACCAUGUUUGUUAUUUUAAAAUCAAAUAAGCGUAGAGUUAACUUUAAUACAACAGCUUUA